AUGUCGUAUGCAAUCANGGGGGGGGGGGGGGGGGAGUGUUUGAGGGCGGGACGAAGGGGGUUGAGGCAGACGACGUUAUACGGCGCGGCCUUCUCCCUUACUCAGUUCUACUCAGCUCACACAGAUAUGCGGAGCUUACUAUUCCUCAUCGUCGCCAUUAUUCCUUUGGCCAUUGCACUUGAUUGCAGAAAGUUUUCCUUUGCCCCAGCAUGCCGUGGAAUAAUGCUGAAACGGUCUGAGGUAGCAGAAGUGGAGUCGCCGUUAGACCUUGAUCAGGUGAGUCAAGAUUUUAAUAUUUCACCCACCAGUCGUGCCAAUGAAAAUCAAGAAGUAAUUCAUACUAGUACAACGUGUCGAGCGAGUCUGCUUUUCGUUAGCCUGCAUAUGAAAUGA